UCCUGCCAUAAUUUCUUCUCAACGAUUCUUCGGCCCAUUCUUAGACCUCACCAGCAGUUAACACCUACUUCUAGUGACUUCUAUUUUUUGCGCUAAUUUUAGUCAAGUGCUACAUAAAUCCACUUUGUUUCCCAAAAAUGAGCACAUCUCAUAAACCAGAGUCUAUCUGCCCAGGCCCUUCUUCACCUGCUGACAAUCGACAGCGCCGCCAAUUUAAGGGAGUCCGAAUGAGAAAAUGGGGGAAAUGGGUGUCCGAAGUGAGAAUUCCCAAUUGCAAAGGCAAGAUUUGGCUGGGCUCGUAUGAAACAGCUGAACAAGCAGCCCGUGCUUUCGACGCCGCCACUUAUUGUCUUCGAGGACCUCGUGCGAAAUUCAAUUUCCCCAAUUCCAUACCCGCCAUUCCUUCUGCAUCUUCCCUUUCUCGUCAACAAAUUCAGCAAGCCGCAGCUAAUUAUGCUCUGGCCCAAAUUCCCGCCGCCGAAAACAGUAGUAAUCUGGCGGAGAAGCCCGCGACGCCGCCGCCGCCGCCGUCAAGAUUGUCCCUUAAUCCAGAAGCGGGAGCGCCAAGUGAUGCUAUUCAACUCGUUUCCGAAGAAGAGCUGGACUCAGCCAUGUGGGAUUCCAUCUUUGCGGAGUCCGACUGCAAUCAGUCCUUCGAUGUGAAGAAAUUCCCGUUUCUAGAACCAUCGACGUCGCCAAGAGAGGAGCAGGAGCAGGGGUUAUGUGAUAUCUGAGACAUUGAAGAAAAGUGGGAUGUCUUUCCGUGCUGGGUUUUACCGUUUCUACUGACAAAUAUGCCCUCUUGGCCACUUGUAAACAGCAUCGCUGGCACAGAGUACAGUGUCUAGCAAUCGCUAUUAUAUAAUUGGAUGAGUCCCAAUAUAAGUCCUCCAAUUUGAUCUCCAUCCAAAACUUAAUGUUUGCGGGGUCCAAAUAUGAGAUAUUAACUCAUCAUUUUUUAGUUUUUGUAAAAACAAUAUGAUGCAAUUCGUUAUUA